AUGGGGUUUCUUGCAUGGUACCAGUUACCAGUGCUGGUGGCCAUCGCGUGGCUCGCGUAUCAGCGGCAAGUAUUGGAGAAAAGUGCUCUUCACGACACCUACACGACAGACGACGACAAGCCUUCCGUGUCCUGCCCCGACUCGACCCUCCAUGCUCGGACGGCAGACGGUAGCUGUAACGACUUGGACGACCCGACCAUGGGGAUGCGCCUCUACCGCUUCGGCAGGAACGCACCCAUCGAGAAAACCUUCGUCGACAACAAGAACCUCCUGAAACCGAACCCACGACACAUCUCCAACAAGUUGUUCAAGAGGGAAGAGUUCACUCCCGCUACCUCUAUCAACCUCUUAGCGGCGGCCUGGUUACAGUUUCAAACACACGACUGGUUCGAUCACGGUCUUAAUCAGAGGGACAAUCACAUCUCUGUUCCCUUGUUCGAAGGCGAUGAGUUGCUGAGACGUGGAGUUCAUUCGCUGAAAGUUUUCCGGACUGUUUCUGAUCCGUCUCAAAUGCAAAAGGACCGCCCGAAAACGUUCCGCAACGCCAACACCCAUUGGUGGGACGCCUCGCAACUCUACGGAAGCGAUGCGGAAACCCAACUGGCUCUCCGAGAGAUGAAAGACGGCAAGUUGAAGGUCACGUCAAGUGGAAUGAUACCUCUAGACGAAAAGACGGGCGUCGAAAAGACCGGAUUCUCCAACAACUGGUGGGUGGGGCUCAGCAUGCUACACAACCUGUUCACGCGAGAACAUAACGUGAUCUGUGACGUCAUGAAGGCAAAGUACCCGGAUAUGACCGACCAAGAACUCUUCGACAAAGCUCGGCUCGUCAAUGCUGCUGUGAUGUCCAAACUGCACACUGUGGAGUGGACCCCUGCUCUUCUGUACAACGACAUCUUGGAUACAUAA